CGGGCAGGCGUUGCGAGUGGAGAUCUGUCAAUGAUACAUGUACAGGCAGAUAGUCGAGUGCAGGACUUGUCCUGAGUAAACUAGUCGGGGCUUCCUCUCCUUACAAAACCCAGCGGAGGUUGCAGCUAGACAAUCUGCGCUGAUUUAUUGGUAAUUUCGGCAGUUUUGUUUUGAAAAUCUGAUCUAAAGCCGCGCCUAAUAAAAUAGGAUUUCCUGAACGCACACAAAAUGUUGGGGGAACUCAGUAGAUCAGGCAGCAUCUACGGAGAGGAAUAAACAGUCGGCCUUUCAUCAGGACGGGACUCGACCCAAAGAGACUUUCAACACAUCUUUGGAUCUUUCUCUGCCUCCCUGAUGAUAUCAUCCCAUGAAAGCUUGGAAUAGCGUGUCAGGCACGUUCUGGAGAUGGAUGGGGCAGAAUACAUAACUAAGGUGCUUUCGAGGUUUCGAAUGAUUGAUUUCCCUGAGUUGUUGAAGUCCUGGGAUCUUCUGUCCGAAGAACAACUUCAAAGUGUAGAUUUCAACGGCGGCACAAAAAAAGAUGUGAUUUUGCAGUUAGCUGCACUUUGUGAGGAAAAUGGUGUAACCCUCCAGCAGGUGGCAGAUUUAGAUAUUAUUUGUAAUUGUGCAUUCCCUAAGAGAAGAUGGUGUACCUACCAAAUGUUCAGUUCAAAAGAUGCCGAAGAGGCGAAGUUAUUUGACUUUCAAGUCUUCAGAGAGACCUUUGGAAGAAACCUUGAAAUGCUCAUAAGAAAUGUCAUGAUUAACAUCUUAGAACACAAGGAAGCUGUCUGGAUCAGAAUUGCUUGGGGUAAACGUCAUUCCCCACCUAACCAGCAAAGACCUUCAUACGUAGUCUACUACCCACAGACCCCUUAUGUUUUCAUGUCUAGCCUUGCUGCACAGUACAGAGUGUGUGUUUCUCAGGCUCUGGUUCUUGCAACUGAACAUAACAUGCUCAAGGAGCUGGAUCUUCGAGGCCAUUGCUUGAAUUCCCUCCGAGACAUCGCUCUUAAAAGAUAUAACCCGACACUUUCUGCACAUUACAGAAGACCUUUACAACAGCUGAACUCAAACCAGAAUUCUGUAGCACAAGAUCAGAGGAUCACUGUAGAAAAUUUGAGAGAGAAAGAAGAGGCCAAAAAGUUAACAGCAGUAGCAUUUGGAGAAGGAUCAUUACCAAAACUGGAGGAGGUUCAAUACAGGUUACAAACAGUCUUUAAGGAUGAACGCAACAUGGGAAUUUUAUCAGACAGAAAUAAACCAUUUCGAUGUGUGGCAAAAUUUUCCAGUCCGAAUAUUCUUGAAUCGUUGAGAGCACUACCAGAAUUGGGGAUUGCUGAUGUCCCCAUUUCAACGAUGUUCAGCAGUAUCGCAGAAAAGGGGAAGAAUUAUUUCAAGAUCACAGACAAAAGGACUGUUGGACAUAAUACAUCAGCCCUUUAGCUCUGUAGUACAAAUCAAAGGAUAUUUUGUAAAUAUUUGUAUGUUUCCUAUGGAAAAAAUCUUUCUGUUCCUGUGUUUAUAAUGUACCUUUUGGAUACCCCUGAUAUGCUAACCAAAACUUUGCAUAGUCUGAAUGGUGUGGCAUUGUGAACAUCUUGAAAUGAAUUCCAUUAUUCAGACAAAACCUCAAACAGAUUUAUUGACAUGAUGAUUCUUGGUAUGCUUGUUUAUCAUUUACAAGCAGCGAUUUUGGCCCCCCCCCCCCCCCACACUUUUGGAAGGUGGGUUUGGUUCUCUGUAAGUAUGGUGGGAGAGAUAACUGAGGUUAGUAGUUAAUAGUUCAUUGAAGUAACUCUUUGGACUUGUAGGUGUGUUACAGCACUUGUUCCAGUAUCUAGGGGCUAUCAUCAUGUGAAACAUAACCAUGUCAAAGGAGUUUUAAAAAAAAUACUGACAAAACUUCAGUUAAGUAAUUGCAUUGUGGUUUAUAGCACUUUAAAUCACUCCAGGACCUUAAGAAAAAUCUGAGCUGACAUGUCAGUGCAGUGUUGAGGACAUUGUGCAUUUUCAGAGAUUUUUUUUUCUUUUAAAUAAGACUAUAAGCAUGAGAUCUAUCUUUGUGCUCAGUUAGCAGAAAAGAUCCUAUAGCUGUUGUUUUGUGAAACGGUGAGGAAUAGUUCAUAGUGUACUCGGUAGCCUUUCCUUUGUCAGCAUUUUAUAAUCUCCUGAACAUCUUGAUUUUGAUGUUUGAGAGCUUUGCUAGAUAUGUAUUUAACUUUUGGUCUUUGUUCUGUAUUUGAACAUUUCUCUCAUUAGCUACGGUGCACUUCCAGACAUAUUAAAGCCAUUCAGUAGUUUCACAUAACUUUGAUAUACAGGAAGUUUCUUUCUAAAAAUGUCUCAGUAUUUGCAGAUGCUCUGCUCACCAGUCGAGCCCUCCAAAAUUAUGAUACUUGAUCCUGCUUGGGAUUUGUUCUUUUUAAAUUGGUCUUCGAUCAAUAUUCACCCUUGAAAUAAUGAAACAUUCUCUCUCCUCUAAUCUCGGCAAACAAAAGAUUGAAGUAUUGGUGCAAUUGCAGUACUUAAGCUGACAUCUACUUCCAUAGUGAUAUUUUGCAGGUGCUUUUUGUUUUAAAUUCAUAUUUCACUGGUCUCUGGGCAAGUCCUGUUUUCAAUAUCAUUGAUUUUAAACUAUUUUAGUUAAUCUGGAAAUUUAACUGUCUUAACAGAAAAUAAACUUGUCUCCUAUUCUUGGUUUUAAAACAUUCUUUUUUUAUUAUUCCUCUUGCAAUGAUGUAAUUUUAUUUUUCCUACUAUUAAUUUUAUAGUGGCACCAAAAACUAAUUAUCCCAUGAAUUUUCCAUUAAUAACCAAUUUUUCUCUUCUCCACCUGCCCCAAUUUUCUGACAUCUUUUUCAACUUUCUGAAAUUUAAAGUUCUGCCACUGAUCUAACUAAUUAUUUAGACCAUUUAUAUUUUUAAAAUUUGAACAGUAAUAGGUGAAUGUCACCUUGAAGCAAAGUAUUACAAUGGAAUAUUCCUCUCAUAGAAGCUCAGAUCACUAGGUUGGAGAAAAUGAUUACAUACCAUUCCCAUUCUGCCUUCUGUCAAACUCCUGCAUUGUGAAUUAUCAAAUUUUUGACAGGAAGAAAGACAGUUGAAGAAAAUAAGUGUGUUUCAGGAAGUGUUCUCCCCCACACUAAACAGCUAUUAUCUUUGUGGUUUUGGAUUAUUCGUGUUGUACUACAGCUGCAGAUAUUUUUGUUUUUGAAAUGGGGUGAAUUGUUCUUGCUUUCCAAGAAAAUCAAUCAUAAUUAUGCAUCAUUUAAGUAAAAAUGCAGUUAUCAUUUGUCCUUGGACAUCAUUUUGCCGGUAUGUGCCGGUUUUUUUUUCCUCACCCUCAAAGCUGGUGGCUACUUCAGGCAGAGAAAAAUCGAACAGACUCCCUCUACCAAGCAAAACAGUAAUCUGUUGGUGUAUUAAUGCACAUCCAAAUUCAGCUGCAAGCAAACCAGAACAUUCUGUUUUUAGAGAAAAUAAAAAUAAAGGGUUAGAUUUUAUGGGGGAAAAAAGAGACUGGGUUGCUAAUGUGGUUCAGUCCCAUGCUUUUAAUAAAUUUUGGGCUUAAAAUUCAUUUAUUAAAACAAAACUUUCCCUUUAGCCCAUAUCGAUAACUACUACAGUAUUAGCUGAGUCAUUGUAUUUUGCUUAAUUUGAGUUUAAUGUGCAAAAAGCAGAUUUACAAAGUCAUCAGUACUUAAAACUGCUGUUGCCAAACUUGUGAAAGAUUCUCUCUGCCUUGGAAUUAAGUUCAGUUUGCAUCAGAGAAGUUGUGCAAAUAUAAGUUUGUUUUGUUCUGUGUCCAUCUCUGUACUCUAAUCUUGACAGUAAAUACUUGUGCUAUUAUUUUCCACAAGAGUAAAGCUGGGUCCUGCAUUAUCAUAGCAAUCUGAAAUGGAACUCAAACUCUGUUUUUGACUUGAAUCAAGCUAAAGAUUACUAUCUCUGCAGGCUGAAGAAAUUAACCUGGUUCUUGUUCACUGCAUGCAUUAUUUUGUGUGUAAAUCAGUUAUAAUAUUGGAUAAGUAUUCUCUGUUGAUGAAGAUCUAACUGAUGAAUAAUAGACCAUCAUAGUGAUAAUUUUAUAUAUGGUUGGAAACAAAUUUAUUGGAUGGGAAUAGAUUUUUCAUCUGCUUUUGAAAUUAAAUUGAAAUCCAGUUUAUUUUAUCUGUUCUGAUUGUACAAUAAAGU